AGCAGUGCCGAAAGCUAACGUCCGCUGUUCUGGUGUGCUAUGAGUUGAGGAAGACUAAAGUGCUGGGAAUGCAGCCCCCUCUCCCACCUGAGGCGGUCAGAGAGCUGGUGUGCUCCUGUCUGCACAGAGAUCCUGUAGCAGCAGACCUCCGCUUCAGCCUGUUUGUCGCUGCUGCACAGAACUACAAGAGAGAUUCGCUGCUAAGGCCCUUCCCUCCCAGAUACAUCAGUGGGGAAAAUAAGGACUUUGAUGAGCUGUUGGCAGAUGUAAACUCUUUGCCUGGGGUGAGAGAGUUGGUGAGACUGCGACCCAGAGAGGGCGAUCAUUAUCUGGCUCUCACACACUGGAUCCUCUCCUCAAAGAGCUUUGCUGUGAAGACGCUGCAGAAAGAAGAGUAUGGAAAACUUUGCAACCUGACUGAAAAUGAGGGGAUUACGGCACCUGUACCUGACUUCUUGUUUGAGCUGGAGUACUGUGAUCAGAUGAACGCCAGAUUUGAAAAGACAAAGGCUGGAAGAGAUGUUUUUUAUGCAUUCCAUGGGAGCCGACUGGAGAACUUUCACUCUAUCAUUCACAACGGGCUGCACUGCCACCUUAAUAAGAACUCUGUGUUUGGAGAGGGGACCUACCUCACCAGUGACCUCAGCAUGGCUGUUCUCUACAGUCCUCACAGCAGUGGCUGGAGAGAAAGUCUUCUAGGCUCACUGCUCAGUUGUGUUGCCUUGUGUGAAGUCAUUGAUCACCCUGACGUAAAGUGCCAGGUGAAGAAAAAAGACUCUGAAAUCAUUGACCGCCAGCGCUCAAGAGCAAAGAACAGUGAAGGAGGAGAUGUGCCACAGAAGUACUUUGUAGUUACCAACAAUCAACUUUUGAGAGUGAAAUACCUGUUGGUUUAUUCUCAGAGGAGGCACCUGUCUAGACAUUCCCGCAGCUCCUCGUGGCUCCUCAGACACCACUUUGCCAUCAUGAUGAGUCUCUAUCUUCUGCUGCUCAUUUUAAUCGGUGCCUUUAACUCCACCGCCUUCGUAUCCUUUUGGAACAGACUGUUCAGGUGACAGGACGGCGGGACGGAUGGCCUGGAUGUUUGAUAUCGUUGGUGCCUUCCUGAUCAGACUGAUUAGAGGCCUGACUGAAGUUUUAUGCACCUUUAGACUGUUUUCUCUCUACAAUCAGACUUCUAUUUCUUUGUACAAAUAACUUUAAUUACUGUAAUUCCCAAACAAGAUAUCUUUAUAUUAGCAGCUGUUCUACUUUGUAUUAAUUUAGCUGAAAUGGGAGUUAAGAUUGUUUCACUCUUAAAAAUGUUAUGCAAUGUUUCAUCUGUAAUUUGUAUGGUUUAGUAAACAUCCUGAUUUUAAGAUCA